AUGGAUUGUCCCAAAGUAACUCCGAAAGGACAAGAGGGCUUCAACUCCCGCUCCCUGGCCCUACAAGCGCAGAAGAAAAUCCUGAGUAAGAUGGCUACGAUGGUGGUCGCUAACAUGCUAACGGACGACACGAGCAGCGAGAUCCUGGACGAGCUCUACAAGGCGAGUCGCGAAUUCACCAAAAGCAAGAAGGAGGCGCACAAGAUCAUCAAAGACGUCAUCAAAAUCGCGCUGAAAAUCGGCAUCCUGUACCGCAACCACCAGUUCAGCCCCGACGAGCUCGACACGGUGGAGAGAUUCAAGAAGAAGAUGAACCAAGCGGCCAUGACGGCGGUGUCCUUUUACGAAGUCGACUACACGUUCGACAGGAACAUCCUCUCCGAGUUGCUUUUGGAGUGUAGAGACCUGCUUCAUGCAAUUGUUGAGCAACACCUGACGCCGAGGUCGCACGGCAGGAUCGAUCACGUCUUCAACCAUUUUGCCCACGUCGAGUUUUUGACGGAGUUGUACGGCGACCAAGACGAGUACAGAGUGUCGCUACGGAAGAUCUGCAACGGAAUCAACAAACUGCUGGAUGAAGGAACGCUUUAACCUCUGAACUUUGACCCGUCCCGAGCCACUCCUGACCUGUCCUACUGCCCUUUGGGUCUUUUCACUGCAUUAUACAGAGGUUUUCUUACAGAGGGGAGGCUUUAUGAAAAUGUGUGUAUAUUUCUCACAAUGGGGGAUUUUUAUCUCUUCUAAAGCUACACUGUGUAACUUUUCUGGUGUGGGGGGAAGGGGGGGUCCACAAUCUGCUUGUCUGCAUGGAGAUAUUGCCUUACCUGGAAUGUCCCACAGUAUGGUAUUAAGCUUAAAUCAGACCUGUUGUGCUUGUGUCUGCUCUGUAAUUAUAAUCUAUGACACCUGUGGAUCUUUAUGUUAGAAUUUGCUCAUUUAAAAUUCUAAUAUUCAUCUAAAACGACUUAAUUUAAAAAAAAAAAAAAGUCAGCUGAGGUCCUCGUUAGAAAAUUGCGGUGUCCAAUGGGAGCCGACGGCGCCGUAAACGUCAUCGCAAACAAAGAGCUGUGUAGCUGUUGGCGCCCUCUAUGGAUAAAUAGAUUUUUUUUUUCAUUUGUACCAAAACGAUUACGCAACGCUGCUGAAUUCUACGAGUAUCACCGGUUAAGAAAAUAAAAUUGGAGAACGAAGUGCGUACCAGUGGUGGUGAAAAAUAAGCGAUUAAAGAUUACUCAAACACGAAUCACUCCGAAAACAACUUCAGAGGGUCAAUGAGAAGGAAGCGACUAUAACAUGAUUAAACGCUCUGACAAGUCAAUUUUGCAUAAUAGGUCUGAUUUAACUAUCUUGCCUUUCCACAACCACAGAUGUCGUCAUUGCUCAAAAAUACACUGAAAUACACUCCCUGGCCAAAAAAAAAGUCGCUACUAAAAAAAUAAAAAAGCUCACACACUCUAAUAUUUCGUUGAACCGCCUUUAGAUUUGAUUAUGGCAUUGUUUCGAUAAGCUUCUGCCGUUAUUUCCAUCCAGUGUUGCAUUAAUUUUUCACCAAGAUCUUGCAUUGAUGGUGAUAGAGUCUGACCGCUGCAUUCUUAGAGCAGCAUCACUUCUCCACAGAUCUGACCUGUAAACUCAGCUUGGACCUUUCACCUGCUUGUCUCCAUGUCGAUAGAUAAGUUUAAUGCCGAACUACGGAACAUUCCAGGCAAAGCUUCAAUAUAAACUUGUUAAUGGCCAUAAUGAGUCUCCAUGUUGGUAUAAUAAUUACAUUUGGAUUGUAGAUUUCAUCAACUCCGUGAGAUUGGAUCCUGUUUAAAAUGAGUUUGUCCAGCCUAUUCCACAGACGUACCGGUCACAAUACAUUUACAAAACGUGGGUGAAACUUUUCCAUGUAUGACUUGGCUUUAAUCAAAGAGAUAAAUGUAAAAAAAAAAAAAAAAACUAAGCCAGACUCAUUUACAGACCUGCUUUACUCUCCAUUACAUAAGCCCCCUGUUUAAAAGUGGAAAACUCUCUUUGCAACUUGAAAUUACCGAGCACCUACUCUUCCUCAUCUGUGUUUGUGAUAAUUAUAGUUGAUUGUAAAAUGGCCAUGUUUGGGGCUCAUCAUUCACAAUGGUCCAGCUCACACCACAGUCAUUUUUCUGCUAUAAUGAAAUGAUAAUUAAACUCCAAGCCAAUCAUCGUCUGUAAGUUUGUCUGCUAAAGCUGAAGUGUUACUCCUAAAACUUCAUCAGAUACAUCAGCGUUACUGCCUCACUGAAGGGUCGAUUUCUGUCUAUUUUAAAGAUGCACGGUGUAACUUUUCCGGGGGGGGGGGUCUACAACCUGCUCGUCUGCAUGGAGAUAUUAUUGCCUUACCUGGAAUAUCCCGUAGUAAUGCAUUAAGCUUAAGUCAGACCUAUUGUGCUUGUGUCUGAUCUAUGACACACAUCAAUCAUUAUGUUAAAAUUUGGACAUUUUAAAUCACAAUAUUCACCUAAAAUGACUUAAUAAAAGAGACAAAUCCGUUGACUUCGGUUUUAUAAAAGUGGGAGCUGACGUCGGCGUAAACGUCAUCACGACAAAGAGCUGUGUAGCUGUCGGCGCCCCCUAUGGAUAGCUGCACAUCACACUAACGAGCAGCGGAUUUUUUUUUUUAUUUUUUUUUUUUAUUUGGACCAAAAUGACUUGAACAGUUUGAUUUAUGGACCUUUAAAGUUGAGUUAUCCAAUUUUAACACCACAGACUAAGAAAAUAUUUAAAUCCAGAGGUGGGUAGAGCAGCAGAGAUUUUACUCGAGUAAGAGUAACAUUACUUCAGAAUAAUAUUAAGUAUCAAGCAGAAGUACAAAAUAGUGGUCUAAGAAAUUACUCUGGAGUAAAAAGAAAUUGGGCACAAGUACUACUCUAGUAAGUUGAAGUUAAAGUACAGUAUUUUCUGGACUAUAUGUUGUACUUUUUUUCUUUUCAUAGUUUGGAUUGGGGUGCGACUUAUACUCAGGAAUGGUGCCAUCUGUGUAUAUAAUUUCACAUCUUCGUUACGGUCACACUGACAACCUGACAACCUGCGUUUUUUUCUUCAAUAUUAUGCAUUUGUUGACUUUUCUGACUACUCCGGAGCAACUUAUAGUCCAGAAAAUACGGUAAUUGGAAGGACAAAACAUGAAAUAAUGCACCAAAUCUGAUAUUUUCAAACUCAAAAAUGAGCCAAGCUGAAUCAUAUCUGAAGGAGCAGCAAGAAACACAAACAUUCAAAUCAUUUCAUAUUGUCAACGUAAAGCUCGAGUUACUUUAGAUUUACUCACAAUGGGAAGAGGAACCACAACUUUUACUCAAGUGAGAGUAGUUAUUUCAAUGCAAAUAUUACUCAAAUAGGAUUAAAAGUACUACCGCUGCUAGAAAAGUACAAUUUCUUUCAAAAGUUACUUGAGUAAAUGUAACUGAGCACUACCCACCUCUGUUUAAAUAUCGUUCCUCGCUCUCACAAACCCAACAUUUAUGAAUUUUUGGGCACAUUCACGACUUUAGAACAUAUUUUUUCAUAUUGCAUAGUGAAACUGGGAUGGACCACUCAAGCUCAGCCAAUCAGAGCGCUGCUUUCGGCUCUUCUCUUACUUCCUGGUUGAUGAGAAAUAUAUUGCUGGGUUUCAGACGACAUCACAACAUUGUACAGGCCAAUAUUAUUUCACACAGAUGUGGGGCAGCUAAAUGAAUACUGUUAAAUUUCGUUGUUUUAUUCAAUAUUUGUGAAUUUACCUUUUGGAUAUUUCAUAACAAUGUAUUUAAUAGGAAAAGGCUUUCUCUUGCCCCCAACUGAGAGUAUCAUCAUCAUCAUCAUCACAUUUUAAAAUCUGAAAACCACCAAUAUUUUGUUAUUAACCCCAGACUGUCCGCAGUGGCCUCAUUGGAUAAGUUGGCGUUAAAGGGCCAUAUUCCGCUAUUUUCUGACCUAAUUAUAAUGUUGUUUCCUCAUCACAAACAGACCUGGAGUUGUGUUUUGUUUCAUUCACACAUCCUUAUCAUGCAAACCCUGCAUUUUUAGACUUGUUUUUUCUCUCAAACAAAAAACAACAACUAAACACUCAGUUCCACCUUGUGAUGUCAUGUGGUAAUACAGUCAAACAGACGGAUCUUUAAUUAUUUUUGUCCCGUGAGAUCAUAACAAAUGUGCAUUAGAGCUGGCCCGUCGGUAUACAGCGCAUGCACCACUAAUACUACAAAUCCCAGAAUGCUUUGCUAAUACGCUGGUACAUAGUCGAGACCAGUAAGUGCCCCUCCUUUUCUGUUUACACUCAUGAGCAACCAAGCUACUAGUCACCUCAGCCAAAUGAAUUACUACAGAGAGAAACGUUAUUUAUUUUAUUUCAAUAAGACAUGAACACUACUAAUGUGUCUUUUAUUUGAGAUUUAAUUUCUCAUAUGUUUGUAAUAUCAAGCUUGAGUUGUUCCAGAUUUUGCAUAUGAAAAGGUUAAACGUAUCAGGUGCAGUCAAUUUUUAAAUAUUGACUUUGGCCUGAGAAUUUGUCUGUUUUUAAUUUUGGCCCUGUGUGAAUGUGAGUUUGACACGUCUGUUUUAAACUCUCUUCACUAGAAUCAUUUGGAUCAUUUCAGCCCUGGAAUUGCUCAUCUCUACUGAAUAAAAAGUACAAGCUAGUUGUCAACUUGAAAACUACCACUUCAUGACAUCACAAGGUGGAACAGAGCAUUUUUGAGCUUUGGAGAUGUAGAAAGACUAAUAAUAAAGGGCUACUCAAACAUCAGUGAAACAAAACACAACUUCAGGUCUGUUUUUGACGAGGAAACAUCAGUAUAACAGGUUUGAAAUUAUAAUCUACUUGACUCAUAACAAGUCUGUAUUUCAGUCUCUUUCUGUGUGUUUUUUCUACUUGGUUGUGAUCUACCUUUCCAAAUUGUACCCUCUGCUCUCCCCUCUGUAACACCUCCUCUGCCCCCUCCUCUGUCUCUCAUCGAGGGGGAAAAAUACUCUCCAAACUCAGUGGGUUUUUGCUGUGCUCUGGGACCCGUGUCUUACAUCUCUUUCCUGUGCUCAAAUGUACUGUACAAAAUGGCCAAAAACAUGUGCGUUUGUGUUUCGCUGUGUGUGUGUUUGUGCCGAGUGUGUACAUGCGACCGGUGUUGUGUGUCCCCGCUGUGUCAGUCUUAUACGAUGAUGUAACACUUUUAUUAAAGAUCUCUGGUAAA